AUGGAGAUAUUUAACAACCAAAUUCGCACAUUGGGAGCACCUACUUUUGGACUUUUGAAGGAUUAUCGCAAUACAGCGCACUGGUAUAUUCUAAAUAACUGCGGAGAUACAGUCGACAUUUUCAUAAAUGAGCAUAAAGAAAUUCUACGAUCUAAGAAUAUACGAGAGGAAGAUGUUGAUGGAAUUCAAAAAAAUGAAUUUCCUACUUGGUUCAAGGAAAAGAUGUCUGUUCUUAGAGUUAAUAAUGAUCCUAGAGCUACCGAUGAUUUGUAUUCACUCUCACAAUGGCCGGAUGAUCGCUACCGAAGUUGGUUUAGUUGCAUUGUCAAUGGUGUAAGAUUUCGUUGCAAGAUACGUGAUGACAAGUUCAAGACACAAUGUAGUGGAGUUAGUACAUGGGGUGAUGGAGGGGUUGAUGAUAUCAUAUACUACGGUGUAUUGAUUGAAAUCUUAGAGCUAGACUAUAUCAACCAAAGAAAAGUGUUCUUGUUCUGUUGCAAAUGGUACAAUUAUGAUCCAAUGGGGAAAAGAAUGGUAGUUGAUCACAACUUGACAUCAAUUGAUGUGACAUCUCAAUGGUAUAAAGAUGAACCAUUUAUUUUGGCCACACAAGCUCAACAAGUAUUUUAUUUGCAAGACCUAUCUCGAGGGAAGAAUUGGAUGGUUGUGCAAAAGGUAAACCACCGUAAUAUUUUUGAUAUUGUUGAACGUGAAGAAGGAGAAGAAGAGCCCAUUACCAAUGAAGUAUUUCAAGAGGAUGAUUCAAGUGAAUUGCCACAUUUUCAUCCAACAGAAGAUGUAGUUGAAACAAGUUCAUUGGUUAGAGAAGAUAUUGAUCCAAUCACGAUUCCAGAUGGAUUGAUGACUUCACUACAUGUUGGAGAUUACGAUGACAUUGGGGAGAAUACGGAUGAAAUUAGUGGCGAUGAAAGAUUUAUCGUCAAUGAUGAAUCCAUUUUAGAGUCUGAUGUUAAUGAAAACUCCAAUGACUCAGAUUUUCGAAGUGAUGAUGAUAUUGAUAGUACAUGA